AUGCGUCUCCUCGUCACCCGCGCCGCCCUCGGCCGCGCCCUCAAACCCUCCUGCCUGCUGCCGCUGACGCCGCUGACGCCGCUGACGCCGUCGCCGCGCCCCCGGCCCUCCUCGUCGUUUGCCUCUCCCGCGCCUCCGAAGCUCCCGCCCGCCCAGCAGGCCGAGUUUGAGCGCCUCCAGCGCCAGGCUGCCGCCCCGCUGUCCCAGCCAGAUGCGCCGGCCGAAGCGCCGCCUACGCUGAAGGAGGCCGACGCCGUCAACCCCGCGUACUGUAGGGGCGCGCCGCCCGAGUUCAGCGGCGACAAGAACCCCCGGACGGGGGAGGUGGGCGGGCCCAAGAACGAGCCGCUGCGGUGGGGGGGCGACGGCGACUGGAGCUACAAUGGACGCGUGACGGACUUUUGA